AUGGGGUGCUGCCCAGGGGACUGCUUCACCUGCUGCCCUCAAGACCAAGACUGCUGUGAAGUGUGCUGCUGCCAGCCCGCCUGCUGCGGCUGCUGUGGUUCCUGCUGCGGCUGCUGUGGUCCCUGCUGCGGCUGCGGGGGCUCUGGCUGCGGAGGCUCUGGCUGCGGAGGCUGCGGGAGUGGCUGCUGCGGGAGUGGCUGCUGUGGCUCCGGCUGCGGCUCCGGCUGCGGGGGCUGUGGGAGCGGCUGCUGUGGGUCCGGCUGCUGCGGCUCGUCGGGGUGCUGUGGUCCUGUCUGCUGCCAGCCUACGCCUGUUUGCGAGACGAAGUGAAGCCCUCUGCCCCCUCCGCGGAGCUGCCCUAGCAAAGCCUCCACCUGCGGCAGGUGGAGAGACUCCUUGUCUCCAGGACAUUCCU